AGCUCCCGCGCGGCACGUGGCCUUGGAGCCCGCCGCGGGCCCGCAGCUCGGUGUCGCGGCUGCCGGCAGGCUCUGGGCAGGGCAGCCAGUCAGCGCAGUCAGGGGCGCCCUUGGGCAGCCGCAGACGGGACUCCCGGCAGGACCGCCGGCUGCUGCUCCUCCGGGAGCCUGGCUCCUCCGUCGCCCCGCGAUGGAGCAGCACACCAGGCGGGAGCGCCCGCUGCCAAGCCCUGCUCACCAGAUAGAAACAGAUGACAGAACGGCCUUGGUUUGUAAGCCUAGGACUAAAGGAGGAAACAGUGAUCUCCCAUCAGCUGGUUUUAAUGUUAUCAACUCUAUCAUAGGAUCGGGAAUAAUAGGACUGCCUUAUUCAAUGAAGCAAGCUGGUUUUCCAUUAGGAAUAUUGCUUUUAGUUGGUGUUGCCUAUAUCACAGAUUAUUCCAUUAUAUUACUGAUUAAAGGAGGAAACCUCUCUGGUACGAACAGCUACCAGGAACUGGUCAAUAAAUCAUAUGGUUUUAUAGGAUAUCUAAUUCUCUCAACACUACAGUUUUUAUAUCCAUUUAUUGCUAUGAUUAGUUACAACAUAAUAACAGGAGACACUUUGACUAAAGUUUUUCAAACAAUUCCUGGAGUUGGUCCAGAUAACUUACUUACUUACCGCCAAGUCAUUAUUCUGUGUAUUACCAUCAUCUUUACCCUGCCUAUGUCUCUCUAUCGUGACAUAGCAAAACUGGCAAAGGUAUCUUUUAUUUCUCUGAUUUUAACCACUGUAAUCCUGGUCAUUGUGAUGAUAAGGACGACAACCCUUGGCCCACUAGUACCCAAAACAGAGUCUGCCUGGAUAUUUGCGAAGUCUAAUGCAAUACAAGCCAUUGGGGUGAUGUCAUUUGCAUUCGUUUGCCAUCAUAACAGCUUUUUAAUCUAUGGCUCUUUGGAAGAACCCACUCUGAGUAACUGGUCUCGCAUCACUCAUGUGUCUGUCUCACUCGCUCUGUUUAUCAGUGUGCUGUUUGCUGUAUGUGGAUAUGUGACAUUUACUGGUUACACAGAAGGAGAUAUAUUUGAAAACUAUUGCAGAGACGAUGAUCUUGCUACAUUUGGAAGGUUUUGCUAUGGAGUCACUAUAAUCCUGACUUUCCCCAUUGAAUGUUUUGUGACUAGAGAAGUAAUUGCCAAUGUGUUUUUCAGUGGGACCCUUACUACCAUUCUCCAUGUUGCUGUGACAGUAAUUGUUGUUGCUGUAGCCACAAGCAUAUCUUUAGUGUAUGAUUGCCUUGGAAUAGUUUUAGAGCUGAACGGGAUUCUCAGUGCUACGCCACUUGUUUUUAUCAUCCCAACAGCAUGUUAUCUGAAGCUGUCUGAAGAGAGAUGGAACCAUUCAGAUAACCUAAUAUCCGGCCUGAUUCUUACUGUUGGUGUGUUAGUGAUGACAGUUGGAUUUGUUAUGACUAUCUUGCAUCCCCAAGAAUGUAGCCAUGGAAAAGAAAUGUUCUACUGCUUCCCUCAUAAUGCCUCUCUUUACAACAGUACACUUCCGCCUUUUUAGCUAACUUGCCAGUUCUGAGUCUAAAGGGCCUGUCAGUCAGUCCAUACUACUUUAAGUAUGACUGGGACAGAGUCCUCUUAUGUUUUCAUACUGACUAAGAAUCUUAAACUGUACACUAUAUUUGUGUAUCGUGUUUUAUGCUAUUGUCUUUUUCUAGAUGAGAAUUAAGCUUUGACUUUUAAGAUUGUGAAAUGCUUUAAAGUGCAUUACAUCAAACCUGACUAUUCAGUAGAGCCUCACUAAAUUGGAUGAAUAACUCAAAAAUCAAUGCUAAGGAUGUAAUUUUGCAAAUUAGUAAUCAAAUACAAUUAAAAAACAUAGAUUAGGCAUCUCAAAGCCCUGGUCUACACUAGGACUUUAGGUCAAAUUUAGCAGCGUUAAAUCGAUGUAAACCUGCACCCGUCCACACGAUGAAUCCCUUUAUUUCGACUUAACGGGCUCUUAAAAUCGAUUUCCUUACUCCACCCCGACAAGUGGAUUAGCGCUUACAUCGGCCUUGCCGGGUCGAAUUUGGGGUACUGUGGACACAAUUCGACGGUAUUGGCCUCCGGGAGCUAUCCCAGAGUGCUCCAUUGUGACUGCUCUGGACAGCACUCUCAACUCAGAUGCACGAUUGUUUGCCGUUGCUCUGAUGCAGGGAGGGGCGACUGACGACAUGGCUUACAGGGUUGUCUUACAGGGAGUUAAAAUCAACAAAGGGGGUGGCUUUACAUCAAGGAGUAUUUCAGGCAGGACUUCACGGCGGGUUCCAAUAAGAAAUGGUGCACCUAAGUUAUUGUUCUUAUUGGAACAAGGAUGUUAGUCUGGCCUCUGAUUGAUACAUGGCUAGAUUUACCUCGCUGCACCUUCUCUGUGAGUGACUGGAGUGUGACCUAGAGGAAUGAGUCCCCUAGACGGGGGUGGGCGGAGGGUUUGCAAAUGAGUACAAAACAAAUCUGGUCUAUUUCUUGUUUUGAUACACUCCAUCUAUCUUUUACAUCUUUGGCUGGCAGCAGACGGUGCAGAAGGACUGCAUGCCAUCCACAUCUCAUGGCUGCUCGGCAGAAGAUAGUACAAUAGGACUGCUAGCCAGCCUCAUCUCUUGCCUGCCCGGCAGAAGAUGAUGCAAUAGGACUGCUAGCAAUCCGUAUCACCUGCCUGCUCACCAUAAGACGGUUCAAUAGGACUGACUGCAGGACUAAAGAGAAUGACCUGGUCAAGUCACUCCAAAUUUAGUCCCUGCGCCCAUGUCUGCCCAGGCGCUCCUGAUCGACCUCACAGAGGUAACCAGGAGCACCUCGGACAUGACGAUGACGGCUACCAGUCCUAUUGCACCGUCUGCUGCCACAAGGCAAUGGGUUGCUGCUGCUGUGUAGCAAUGCAGUACCGCGUCUGCCAGCACCCAGGAGACAUACGGUGACAGUGAGCUGAGCGGGCUCCAUGCUUGCCGUGGUAUGGCGUCUGCACAGAUAACUCAGGAAAAAAGGCGCGAAACGAUUGUCUGCCUUUGCUUUCACGGAGGGAGGGAGGGAACGGGGGCCUGACGAUAUGUACCCAGAACCACCCGUGACAAUGUUUUAGCCCCAUCAGGCAUUGGGAUCUCAACCCAGAAUUCCAAUGGGCAGCGGAGACUGCGGGAACUGUGGGAUAGCUACCCACAGUGCAACACUCCGGAAGUCGACUCUAGCCUCGGUACUGUGGAAGCACUCCGCCGAGUUAAUGCACUUAGAGCAUUUUCUGUGGGGACACACACACUCGAAUAUAUAAAACCGAUUUCUAAAAAACCGACUUCUAUACAUUCGACCUAAUUUCGUAGUGUAGACAUACCCAAAGUGUACUUUCUCUAGUCCUUUAACAAAUGGAGUUUUAGUUUUAAUUACUUUUGGUAACUCUUCACAGAAUACUAGUAAACGUACUCUAGUAUAUUUUCUAAAAGCUCUGAAACUAUAUUAUUAAGAGACCUAACCAUAGCACUCUGCUAUUAAAUUUUUGCUGAGAAGUGGGGAUAGCCCUGUGAAUGUUGUCUGUGAUUUGUAGUGUAUCUAGUGUAUUAGAGUGAAAAUCACCUUCGGGCAGAGGGCCAAUUCAAAUGCAAGACUUGUGCAUUUAAAUACUCAAAAUAGGGUUUAAGUGGGAUUUUUGUUGUGCCCAGACUGUGUUGGUUCUCUAUUGAAUAGUGAAUUACAAGGUUGUUUGCUGUGUUUUUAUUAAAAGGAUUUUAUAUGAAUAAAAUAGCAUUGGUAUUUUUUAAGAUGACUCGAAGAGAUAGCCUGCUUUUAAAACCAUCACUAUGAGAUUGACAGAAUAGAAAUUGUAAUUUACAGGAAUCAUAAUUUACCUUAAAUUAAUAAGUGAACUUAUUGCUUAUGAAACCUGAUGGUGAUAAUGCUGUAGUUUCAGCAGGUGCUGUCUGAUAUUCCCCAUGGAGUUCUGCUAGUGAACUGAAAUCUCAAAUUCCAUGUCUCUUCAGUACAUUCCAUUUGUUCAGCAGAACUCUACCCUGUCUGAAACAAAUGGCAGAAUCCUAUAAAUGCCCAAGCGCACUUCCACUUAGAGGGUUUAUAUCAAGGUCGAUAGAAGACUAGUCAACUAAGAAUUCACUUGUAAAUAAUGUGAAGGAUGAGCCUGGCUCCCCAUUUUAUUGCUGAGCACUUGUGUUUUCCAUCCAGAUCAAAUAGUUUGAUCACCUUCUUGGCUCAAUCUGUGUUUUCAUUAUCUUAAGGUCUUUAUGCUACCUCAGCCAGAGAUGCUUUGAUACUGCUCAACACUUUCAAACCUCAAUGCAUAAGUUAGGUUUUGAAAUCCAUAUCUAGACAGCUAAACAGGAGUGGUCUGAUUUUCAGAAUUGCUGAGCCCACCUGCAAGUCCCAUUGACUUCAAAAGAAAACCAGGUGACUUCUGAUCAGGAUGUAGGACCUAAUUUAGGCAUCCAGGUUUGAAAAUUUUGCCCACUGUCCUUAUUGCUUGAAAAACAAUUUCAAUCAAAACUUUUAACCCACAAGUUUACUAUUAUGGUAGAAGGCACUAGAUGUUGUUACACAUAGUUUUACAAGUUGUUUUUCUUAUUGUGUGAGCACUGUUCAGUCUCUGAAGAAAUCUUUAUACUGUAGUUAAUUUUGUAAUGUAGCUUCUUUGUGGGGAAGGUGGGAAGCUGUUGAAAGAAUCAGGGGAGUUUACACACUGCCUUAAGCUCCCUACCCAGAGUUGAUUUUUAGGACAGAAUUACUCCAUGAGAGCCAGGUAUUGGUGUUUUGGCUGAAAUUACUGAAGAGAGGAAUUGCCUACAUGCUUUUGUGACCUACCUCUAUUCCUGGACUGCUGUAUAGAGUGGAAAUAAAUAAGUUGCACUAAGAAAAUACACAUCCCCAGUGUUGCUCAACUUGAAAGGCCCUGACUUCUGCUAUCUCUUGGCAAAGAAUGACUUUAUGUAUCUUAGCAGUUUAGAUUCUGCCCUAUUGCUAAAUUUGUAUCUGAUUUUGUUUAGACUUUUCAAUAAAAGGAAUGUUCUCUGUUUU